AUGAGGAAACUCAAAAAGUUCAUGGUUGUCCAUCCUUUCAAGGAAUUUAUGCCAGAAUUAUCUGACUUCCAAAUAACUGAGGAACAAAUCCUCAAAUUAGGUCCAAACGAGUUUCUCGUCAAGGCCGAAUACAUAAGCGUGGACCCAUACAUGAGAUCCUUUGCAGGCGACUUCUCAGUGCCCUACGAACAGUUCGGAUUCCAAGUCGGAAUAGUUGCAGAGAGCAGAAACGAGAAAUACCCAGUCGGAUCUUACGUAGUGUCGCACUCGGGAUGGCGCGAUCACGCCAUUUUGAAUGACUCUCCCGACGACAUGUUCGGGAUUCGGCCGUACAUUCCUAAGCUCGGGAAUCUGUCGCCCUCAUUAGCGGUCGGAGCCCUUGGAAUGACUGGUCUCACUGCUUAUUUGGGGUUAACUGAGAUAUGUCAACCGAAAUCUGGUGAAACCCUUUGUGUGACAAGCGCCGCGGGCGCCGUCGGAUCAAUGGUUGGACAAAUCGGCAAAGUUUUGGGCUGCACAGUGAUCGGAUUCACCGGAUCUGAUAAAAAGGUGAAACUGCUAAAAGAGGAAUUAGGGUUUGACCACGCUUUUAACUAUAAGACGGAUGAUGUGUCCCAGAGAUUAAAAGCGGUCGCUCCGAACGGUGUAGAUUGUUUUUUCGAUAACGUCGGCGGCGCUGUUGCUGCGGAUAUUAAGAAAUGUAUGAGAGAGUACGGUCGGGUGGCUAAUUGUGGUUCUAUAAGUACUUACGGGCACAGUUCGACGUCUGUGAAGGCAAAAACGCCAGUGUCCGUGCAAAUAGAGUCGUUCAGUUUUACGCAGUGGAAGUCUAAGUUCGAAUCGUCAUUGGAGCAGUUGAAAACGUGGAUUGAAAAUGGGAACAUCAAAGCUAAAGAGACCGUUGUGAAAGGCUUCGGGGAACUUCCUAAUGCAUUGAGGAUGAUGCUGAAAGGUGACACUGUUGGCAAAGCUGUUGUCAAUGUUUGUAAUUAA